GGUCUUUGCCCUACGUCAGGAAUCAUCAGAUCAUCCAGCUAACAAUCAUAAUCAUCCAUCUCGCAUCGCUUUCCACUCUCCAACCACAUAUUUCAACAUGCAGUGCACUCGACGAAUGCUGGCGCCUGCCGGCUUCUGGAAGCGUAGCCUCCAGGAGUUCUCCCGCUUGUCAAAAAUCGCUAUCAAUGCAGAAGCGAUCAAUCGCCCGGAAAGGCCCUUCCCCCUAGUCACAUUCAAUGAACCUGAUGCAGCAGAGAAUUGCAAAGUCAUGUCUGACGAAGACAUGGGCGGCUUCUCAAAGGUCCACUUCGACUUUGUUCCUGCCUCUGCAGAAGAUCCUCCACACAUUCGCUUCCAUGGCACCAUCUCAAAUGAGCUUCCCGCAAACCGACCAGAGAUUCAGAGGUCCGGAUAUGCUGCCUGGCGCACAAGAGAUAUGGGCCGAAAUCUGUUCGGCAAGGGACUUUGGGACCUCGACCCAUACAGCUACAUCGCCUUGAAAGUCAAGAGUGAUGCUCGCAAAUAUUUCGUCAAUGUUCAGACCGACUCCAUUGUACCGACGGAUCUUCAUCAACACCGUCUGUAUGCCCAACAGUCUGGACAAUGGGAGACAGUCAUUGUGCCAAUCAGCGAGUUUGUGCGUACAAACCACGGCAUGGUCGUUGAACCGCAGAGCGACAUGAUGCGCCAGAAGGUUAGAAGCAUAGGAAUUGGCUUGAUCGAUCGUGUCCCAGGACCUUUCGAUCUAUGCAUUGCUGAAAUCUAUGCCACCAACAAUUCUGGUGGCAAAGAGUUUAACAAGAAACCUCCGACCAAGGACGACCAUGAUCUGGUGAGCGAUGGUCUUUUGUUCAAGAAGUAAACCAUAUUCCCAUUUCGCAUGCAUGGUGUUGUAAGGAGUCUUUGAGCCAUGGCUAUGGUCAUUGUAUAUAAUUCAUUCGUUGCAGCUCUGGUCGGGCAUCCGACCGAAUGAACGUUGCAUCUCUACAACUUCACUUCUUUUGACCAAGAAAGAACAAACGACCAGAUUUUCAGCCUCUUUUGGAAGUAGUACAGCAUUUCAUGUGAAAGGCAGUUCUGGCCACUGGCCAGGAAGGAGCAACCCAUGCCGCGCACAGACCUCAGCAACUCUCUCCGCAGAUUGAUAGACAGCUGGCACCAAGGCCGAGCCACCUUGUCGCAUUACUCUGAACCACUUCUUUUGAUCAACUCCUGUCCUCUCUUCACCACAAGCACACAAAUACACACACCGCAGUCAUGUCGUCAAACCAAAUGCAAGAAAUCAUGGAGAUGCCCCGCGAGUUCAUCAAGGACGGCACCCAGUUCAUCAACCGCUGCAC